AAGGCGGGCAUUUAUUUUUUUUCGCUCUAUUUUAGAUCAGUUAAACUCUUUGUCUUGAAUAAUCUUAAAAUUUAUUGGAUUUCUAUUAAAAGUAUUUUUUAAUUGUGAUUUUAAUUAUGUCAGAAAGUGAGGUCAAGUCUCUUGAACCUGUCUCAUCGUCACUAGAUGCAACUGGGGUUGUUAAAAAAGAAGAAGCUAUUGAUGACUUGCAAGAUCCAGAAGCUGCUGGUGACGAGGAUUGUGAAAAUGUUAUUACCAUGAUGGACGUUUUAGAAGAAGAGAAGCAGUUAGAGGACGAUGCCUUUGCUGUUCUUGGUGGUUCUGAUGAAAAAGAUUGUACAUAUUUACGUGGAUAUGUUGUUCGUCAAGCAUUAUAUGCAUGUAAUACCUGUAAGCCCUCAGCUGGUGAACCAAAUGGCAUUUGCUUAGCCUGUACUUAUGCUUGUCAUGAGGGUCAUGAUCUUUACGAAUUAUAUACUAAACGUUCAUUCCGAUGUGAUUGUGGUAAUUCUAAAAUGGCUGGUUCUAAAUGUAAUUUAUGUCCAACCAAGAGUGCCACAAACCCAGAUAAUAAGUAUAACCACAAUUUCUCUGGUCUAUACUGUACUUGCAACCGCCCUUAUCCUGACCCGGACAACGAUGAUGCGAUGUACCAAUGCAUUGUUUGUGAAGAUUGGUUCCACGAUAAACAUCUCGAAAGUGAAAUUCCAGAGGAAAAAGGUUUCGCAGAAAUGGUUUGUAGCCCUUGUAUGACUAAACUUGACUUUUUAUGGUAUUAUUAUAAAGAUACUCUAAAGUCAUCUGAAGACAAUGCACAAAUCAAUCAAAAACAGCAAGCUAGUUCACAAGCCGAUCAAAAACCAAUCGUUUCAUCUGCACAAGAACCUUCAUCGUCUGAAAAUAAUAUCGCCCCAAAUCCCUCCACAUCUUCAGCCACCUCAAGUCAAACUGAAGAAACAGAAUCGGAUAGUAAAUCCUCCAAUGCUGAUAACAUUGACUCUGGGAUUGAAAGCUCUUGCGAUUCUAUUGUGUCACCUUCUUCUACUAAUUGUAAACUUGAAUCUCUCCAAUCUUCGAUCACAAUCGAUACCCUAAAAGGAGCCACUUUCUGGGAAGAGGGUUGGCGAUCCAAUCUUUGCAAGUGUACUGCUUGCUUGAAAAAAUACUCAAGUCUUGGCUGCGCCUUUAUAUGUGAUGAAACUGACACAGUUUCUUUUUACGAGAAACAAGGUAAAGAAAAGAGCAUCCAAAUAAGUCAAUAUGAGAGAGGACUAAAUGAGAUAAACAAGAUGGAUAGAGUUUCAACCAUUGAAGCCAUCCAGGAAUGCAAUUUUAUGGCCGAAGAAUUGAAAACUUACUUGAAAAAGUUUGCUGAUAAUAAGAAAGUUGUUCGCCGAGAAGAUAUCGAUGACUUUUUUGAAGGACUCAAAGCUCGUAAACGUUCUCGAUAUGAUGUUGGAUAUUAGUAUUGAAAAUGCUACUACAUCUAAAGACCUGGUCAUUUACCCGUUGGUAACCUCAAGAGAAAAUUUACAUAAUCAGUGAAAAUAUUCGUUACCUUUAUUCAUUUUACCCAAAUAGACAUUGCCCAAUUUAGUGUGAACCAUUGUUUAUCUGUUCUCCAUGGAUCUUAAUAAAUGUUUUUUUCGCUAAAA